AUGAAGCUGACGGGUAACUCUUUGGCCGUUUUGGUUGCGGCUGCUGCCCUUCCGCUUACAGCCAGCGCAAGCGGCCCAGACAAGGACGGCAAAUACUGGAUUCGCGCAAAGGGCAUCGAGGCGUCCUUCAUACCGUAUGGAGCCUCCGUUUCCAACUUGUUCAUCAAUGACCGCUACGGCAUCCAGCGCGACCUCGUCGGCGGCUUCGACAAUGCCACCUACUACGGCAUUGACAAGCAGCAUCCGCACUUUGGCGGCGUGCCGGGCCGGUACGCGAACCGCAUCAAGAACAGCACCUUUGCCAUUGACGGCAAGACGUAUCACACGCCGCCGAACGAGAAUCCCACAAAGGCCGCGCCCGACGGAUCGGACACGCUGCACGGAGGGCCGGACGGCUGGGACUGGCGCAACUUCACCGUGUCGGCGCACACCGCGACGAGCAUCACCUUUAGCAUCGUCGACCCGGACGGAAAGGAAGGGUUUCCCGGCGAGGUGGUGUCGCACAUCACGUACACGGUGAAGGAGAACCAGUGGGACUUCAAGAUGGUGGCGCUGGCGACGACCGAGAAGACGCCCAUCAUGCUCAGCAGCCACACGUACUGGAACCUGGACGGCUUUGCCAACAACGAGACCCAGACGGCGCUGAACCAUACGCUGCAUCUUCCGUAUAGCGGGCAGCGCGUGGAUGUCGAUGGCUUCUUGAUCCCGACGGGGGAUAUUUUGGCGAACAAGAAGAACACGGCGAAUGACUUUUGGUCGCAGCCGAAGCAGCUUGGCAAGGGUUUCCAGCAGAGUGGCAUCAAGGAGAAUUGCGGCAACAACUGUACCGGUUUUGAUACCUGCUACCUCGUCAACCGGGAGGCCCUGGGCCCCUUUGACUGGCGCACUGAAGGCCCUGUCGCGAGUCUGUCCUCACCUUGGUCGGGCAUCCACCUGGAUGUCUAUUCGGACCAGACGGCCUUUCAGGUGUACAGCUGCAACGGGCAAAACGGCACGCUGGCGCUGAAGAAGACGCAGGGCCUGCACAAUAACAAGCAUUUCCCGAGGACGAUUCCCAAGUACGGAUGUCUGGUGAUGGAGGUGGAGGACUGGAUUGACGGCAUUAAUAACCCGGAAUGGGGGAGGAAGCAGAUCUGGGGACCGGACGAUGGUCCAGCCAUCAACACAUAUUAUCUCGCAUACGAUAUCGAAAUCGUUGACUUUACCUUGGACGGGAAGCAUUCAACAAGUUGCAGGCGAGGGGCAACGAGGGGCAACAGAGAAAGAAAGAAAAAAAAAAGUAGGAGGAAGAGAGACGACGACAACCCGCCAGAGAUGGAAGACGACCGGGCGCUCGUCGAUCUUGGCGCAGCGGCAGAUAUCGAGGAAGCGCGACUAGAAGUUCAUAGAGCGGACAACGACACUACAAAAGAUGAGACACCGGCAUUAAGACAGCCAAAGAGGCGCUUUGUAGGACGAAGAGCGGCGGACGAGGCGGCGGCAGCAAAGGGAUCAACGGAGGAGGGAGGUAGCGGUGCUGUUCAAGCGGCCAAACCUCGACGAGCUCCCCGACUUCUAAACAGAGUCCCCAAAGAAAUACUAGAAGACCCCAGCCUCAAGGAAGCCAUAGCGCUGCUACCAGCCAACUACAACUUCGAAAUCCCAAAGACAAUACACCGAAUCCGAGAGUCCGGGGCGCGCAAAGUAGCGCUGCAGAUGCCCGAAGGCCUGCUGUUGUUUGCGACGACCAUUUCGGACAUUGUGACGCAGUUCUGCCCCGGCGUCGAGACGCUCAUCAUGGGCGAUGUGACGUACGGCGCGUGCUGCAUCGACGACUAUACUGCGCGAGCGCUGGGUUGCGACUUGCUGGUGCAUUAUGCGCACAGCUGCUUGAUUCCCGUGGACGUGACCAAGAUCAAGACGCUGUACGUCUUUGUCGACAUCAGCAUCGACACGGCGCAUCUGAUUGCCUCGCUGGAGAGAAACUUUGCAAGUGGCAAGACCAUUGCGAUUGUCGGCACUAUCCAGUUCAACGCCACCAUCCACGGCAUACGGAGCAGCCUCGAAGCGGCUGGCUUCGGCGUCGUCGUGCCUCAGAUCGGGCCGCUCAGCAAGGGUGAGAUUCUGGGGUGCACGUCGCCUCGCCUGCGGGAUGAGGAUGGCAUCGACCUGAUUCUCUAUCUCGGCGACGGGCGCUUCCACCUCGAGAGCAUCAUGAUUCACAACCCGGCCAUUCCUGCCUACCGGUACGACCCAUACUCGCGCAAGUUGACGCGAGAGACGUACGGCCACGACGAGAUGCAGUCGGUGCGCCGUUCCGCCAUCCAGACUGCUCGCAAAGCCCGUCGCUGGGGCCUCAUCCUGGGAUCGCUCGGUCGCCAGGGGAAUCCGCACACGCUGGCCCUGAUCGAGCGGGAGCUGGCCGAGCGGGGCAUCCCCAAGGUAGAUUUGCUCCUGAGCGAAAUCUUCCCCGGCAAGCUUGCCAUGAUGAGCGAUGUCGAGUGCUGGGUGCAGGUUGCGUGCCCGCGCCUGAGUAUCGACUGGGGAUACGCCUUUCCCAGGCCGCUCUUGACUCCCUAUGAGGCGCUUGUGGCGCUGGGGAAGAGGGGGGGUUGGGGUAAAGAGGAUGGUGGUGAUGGCAUCUACCCUAUGGAUUAUUAUGGACGGGAUGGGCUGGGGAGAACGAAGCCGUUGGAGGGUGUUGCGGCAUGA